AUGGCGAACAACGAUAAUGGAAAUGUCGUCCCCAGUCUCUUGAAGUUUGCCUACCUCAAAUGCAACAAAGCCCAGCAGAAUGAUUAUAACGAUAUGGGAGUUCCGAACAUCGACCUACAGAAGUGUUGUGUGUCGAUUUUCGAAAUCUUGAGACUAAACACGGCUGUUGGUUUCAACCCGCUGGGCGAUAGACAGUCCAUGUUUGCUAAAGUUUAUUCGCCUAAUAACGAUAAAUUAAUUUUCAAUAUAUGCGAGGAGGCCGCGUUUCACGGACAUGUAACAUGCAUGAAGUUUGCUCGCUCAAUCGGCGUCCCCUGGCACACUCCGUCCUCGGCCGUUCUUUCAGCGUGUGACUGGGCAGCGAGCAAGGGCAAUCUGUCUUGUCUAAAGUACGCAUGUGAAAAUGGAAGAUGCGAGUGGGACGCAGAAACGUGUAACAUGGCUGCGGCAAGUGGACAACUAGAGUGCCUUCAAUAUGCUCACGAAAAUGGAUGCGAGUGGGAUGAAAUCGCGGCUAUGCAGGCUGCGUUGCAUGGAAAUCUGGACUGUCUAAAAUACGCACAUGAAAAUGGUUGUCCGUGGAACGAAGACGUUUGUUAUCAUGCUGCGAUUAAUGGACAACUGCAAUGUUUGAUAUAUGCCCGAGAAAAUGGAUGCCCGUGGGACUCGGAAACGUGUUAUCAUGCUGCGGCAAAUGGGCACCUGGAGUGUUUAAUGUAUGCACAUGAAAAUAAUUGCCCGUUGGAAGAAUCCGCGUGUGCUGCAGCUUUGAUCGGUGACCACGUUGAUUGUUUCAAAUAUGCACUUGAAAACGGAUGUAUUCCGGAUCGUAUUAAUCGUAAUCAUCAUUAG